UAAAAGACGCCCUUGAACUGUCAAUGUCAACCUCAUGUGGAUUUUGGAGUUGUGAGCGGGCUACAAUUAAAAUAAACAAAAUUGAAUUUGAAAAUAAAAAAUAGUGAAGGACGUCUUUAUUUUGUUUAGCAAAUUGAAAAUACAAAGCAUUCUGUAUAUUCUAUUGACCUUUCUGUUAUUGCGAUUCAAAGUUCGAAGGUUAUCAAAAUGUUGCAACCAGUUAUGCAUGUUUUGAAGCAGAAAAAUAUUAUUCUAGCUUCUGGCUCGCCUAGGCGGAAAGAGUUGAUAGAAAAUAUAGGGUUAAAAGUAGGAUUAUGCCCAUCUCUAUUUGAAGAGGACCUUGAUCCUAAAAGUUUUAAGAGUUUCUCGGAGUUCGUGGAGGAGACAGCGCUGCAGAAGGUUCUAGAAGUUGAGAACCGUCUGACCGGACAGGGCAAGGCUCCAGACAUAGUGAUAGGAGCGGAUACUAUGGUGACGCUGGAUGGAGAGAUGUUUGGGAAGCCUACCUCCGAAGCAGACGCUUUUCAGAUGUUGUCAAGAUUGUCAGGGAGAGCACACACUGUGUACACCGGAGUGGUGGUGAAAGCCAAAAAUGAGACAGUGAAGUUCACAGAGAAGACUGAUGUUAUAUUUGGCAAACUGAAUAAGGAUCAGAUCAACGGAUACAUUGCUACUGGUGAACCUAUGGACAAGGCGGGCGGCUACGGGAUCCAGGGCGUGGGCGGCACGUUCGUAGAACGCGUCGAGGGGGACUACUUCACCGUAGUGGGCUUACCUCUCUACAGGCUCUGUGCUGUACUCUAUGACAUGCAUAAAGAUUUAUAGCUAUCUUAGACGCUGUUGAAAUUUUUGAGGCUUCAACAUAAGGAUUAAUUUAGCAAAAAAUAUUGUAGUAGAGAUCUAAAGUCUAAGAAAACAAUGUGUUUCAAUUUGACCUCUGUUUCACGCAAAAUGGGCGCCGGUCGUCGAGUAGCGGAAAAUCGUUUGAAGUUUUUACUAAUAUGAUUUUAUGUAAUAUAAUAUACAUUAAACAGUGAAUAGAUUAUUUCCUUGAUUAUAUUUUGUAUUGUUGAUAACAAAGUAGUGCUGCUGUGAUAACUGAUAACAUUUUUAACGAAUUUGUUGUGGUACAAGUCAUGUACAUUUAUUUGUUUUUAUUUUAUAAGUGAAGAAAUCGUAAACUUAAUAGACAAUUAGUAUGACU